UGUUGCAAGAGGUUUAGAGGAAGUGACUGCUGAAAUCAGAGUAUAAAUGAUUUGCAAGGUCAGUCUCUGGAGGAGUUACUGAGUAAAACAGGAGUGGAAAUAACACAAAGUACUCAAAAAAAGUAGGGUCCAAUACUGAAUGUGUUUGGAUGAGUUUCUGAAUCUCUAGGAUGUUGUUCCUGGGCUAUGCAACUCUGCUCUUAUGUUGGAUGUGUUGUACUGCACAAAGAGCUUGUGAAGAACCUCCUCCUAGGAGGGUUAAGGAAGUGCCUACUAAAAUAUGGGACAAACCUCCCUAUCCACAUGGUACUCAAGCAACAUACGGUUGUCGACCUGGAUAUAUAAAACCUGGACGAAUUAUGUUUAAGUGCGUUGAUGGGGCAUGGCAGCAGCAGCCUCCAGUGAUAGAAUGCAAAAAUAAGCCCUGUGGGCAUCCUGGAGAUACUCAGUUUGGUUCCUUUGAACUUACCGCUGGAAGUGAAUUUGUAUUUGGUGCCAGAGUUGAGUACAGAUGUAAUGAUGGAUACCAGAUGCUCAGCCAAAGAAAUUACCGUGAGUGUCAGGCAGAUGGAUGGAGCAAUGAUAUUCCUCACUGUGAAGUGGUAAAGUGUUUACCGGUACAGGCACCAGAAAAUGGAAGAAUAAUUAUGACUGGUGCAUUUGAGCUAGACCAAGAAUAUGCCUUUGGCCAAGUUGUAAAUUUUGAAUGUAAUGCAAAAUAUAAGCUUGUUGGAGCUAAAGAAAUAAUUUGCUCGUCUAAUGGAAGAUGGAGUAACGAUGUGCCUCAGUGCCAAGAUAUUAGCUGUGAUGUGCCAGAAAUUCCGAAUGGAUAUGUACAUUCUCCAAAGCAGUCUUACAAGGAAUUGGAAAUACUGCGGUUUGCCUGUAAUGAUGGAUACAGAUAUGGCGGAAGAGCAGAUGCACUAUGCACUGAAACAGGAUGGAAUCCACCUCCCUAUUGCACUGAAAUUGUGUGCUCUCCUCCAGUAGUUCGCCAUGGGAACUUUAGACCUGGCAAAGGCAGCUAUAGAGCGGGUGAUACAAUCACGAUACAGUGUGAUCUUGGAUAUCAUUUUAAAGCAUUGACUGGCGGAAACAUAGCUGAAUGUACCGGGAAUGGCUGGGUGCCCGAGCCAGCUUGUGUCUCGAAACCAUGUGACUACCCAGUCAUAGAAAACGGCAGGUUAAGUAACGCAUAUGAGUACAACAGACACUAUUACUUUCCAAUGAGAUUUGGGCAGAGUGUUGACUACUACUGUUUCCAAGAUUAUUCAACCCCCACUGGAAAUACCUGGGAUCGAAGUUUUUGUUCCGAAAGGGGCUGGUCUCCACCGCCAAAAUGCCUGAAAAAAUGUUAUACCAGGCAGCUGAUAAAUGGUUAUUUCCCAAGACACCAGAUGGAUUUUUACAAAGAAGGUGAAAGAGCUACAUAUGCCUGCAACAGUGAUUUCCAUGCUGAGCACAAAGAAGUCACAUGCACAAGGAAUGGCUGGUUCCCUCAUCCCAGAUGUAUCCGUGAAAAAAAAUGCCAGUAUAAGGAUUUUGAGAAUGGUUAUUUCACCUUGUCAAGAACCGAGUUCCGUUUAAGGGAAGUGGCCCCGUAUAGAUGUAAUACUGGCUUUGUAACUGCAGGAGGACAGGACGAAGGAGUGACACAGUGCCAAGAAAAUGGCUGGACUCCACCUCCAAAAUGCAUCAAAUCAUGUAAAGCACCAGAGGACAUUUUGAUUCACCACACAAAUAAAACCGUGUUCAUGCCUGAAGAUACAAUUGAGUAUUCAUGUUUGGAAGGAUAUAAAACUGCAAAUAAUAUGCCAACUGAUACCACAAGGUGUGACAUAAAUGGUGAAUGGAGUCCAGCACCCGAGUGCCUCGUAAUAGAAUGUGCAAUGCUGACAUUGCCCAAUGGAGAUUUUUAUCCCAAGAAGGGUAAAUACCCCAAUGGAGACGUUGUGAAAUUUACCUGUGCAAACAAAUUUGUAAGAGUGGGACCUGCCUCUGUUCAGUGCUACUCCUUCGGAUGGUUUCCAUCACCACCAGUAUGUAAAGUGAAGGCCAGAGGCUGUGGACCUCCCCCUGAAAUUACCAAUGGAAAUAUUGCUGGUGGCUCUGAGGAACAGUAUCAACAUGGGGACAGAAAGCAGUAUGAGUGUAAAAUGGAAUUUAAAUUGGUUGGAUCAAAGGAAAUAGAAUGUGUUGAUGGACAGUGGUCACCUCCUCCCUCUUGCAUUGAAGACAAAAUGCCCUGUGAAUCACCUUCCUCUAUUCCGAACAUUGCUCUAUAUCAGGCAGAUCAGACCCAGUUUUCACAUGGUGAUCAAGUAACUUGUGGAUGUAAAUCAGGCUCUGGCAAUUCUAAGCAAAUGAAAAUAAAAUGUCUUAAUGGAGAAUGGAAGCCUUUACCUCUUUGUGCUGAUCCAUCUCCUCAGUGUGAACUUCCAACGGGUGUUGAGUUUGUAAGCUCUGGUCAACAUUCCAUGUCAAAAAGGAGGACUGGGUUUUAUAAAGUUAUACGUUACAGAUGUACAUCAGCUGACAAAAAUAUUAAACAGGCAACCUGUGUGUCUGGAAAUUGGACACCAGAGAUUGAAUGUCCAGCUGAGGAGGGUGUGUGCCCACCUCCACCUCAGGUGUCUGGUGCUCAACAGACAACAGCUGGAAGAAAUUACAGGCAUGGGAGUAAAAUAGCUUUUUCAUGUGCCAGUGGUUUCCGGCUCAUCGGUGCAAAAGAAAUAACCUGCAUAGAAGGGAAAUGGCAAUCACCACCUCAGUGUGUGGAAAGACCAUGUUUGCCACCACAACCUGUAGAAUGUGCUGAUGCUCCCAGGCUGGAAAAUCCAAACUUAAAAAUUGAAAUAGAAGGGAAAUCAAUUUAUCUGACCGGUGCUAAAUUUAAGUAUAUUUCUCGUUCUGGAUACAUGUUAAAUGGAACAACUGAGAUAACUUGUUCUAUGGGAGAAUGGACUUUAGCUCCUGCAUGCUUGGAAAUGUCAUGUGGAAGUAUUCCAAAAGUUGCCAAUGCUCAAUUUGAAGGCAGAACCAAGGAAACUUAUGAGCCUGGUGAAACAAUUCGCUACGAGUGUGAUGCAGGGUUCCUGAUUGUUGGUUCCCCCGAAAUUCUUUGCAGAGAAGGAAAUUGGACAGCACCGCCCUUCUGUGAAGAUGUUAGCUGUGGACCUGUACCUGAAAUCCCCAAUGGUCAUGUUGUAGGCACUCAACAGGAGAGGUAUCUGCCCAGUGCCAGGGUGCAUUAUCAAUGUGAAAGCAAUUUUCAAAUGAUAGGUGGAAAUUUCGUCACUUGUUUAAAUGGUGAAUGGUCACAAGCACCAGUGUGCAGAGAUGUGACAUGUGAACCUCCUCCAGAAAUUGCUGGUGGUAGAAUCAAUAUUAAAAAGACAAAGUAUCUCCCUGGGGAGACUGCUAACUAUGACUGCUGGCAAGGUUUUAAGAUGACUGGGACUUCCACUGUAGUGUGCCAGAAUGGGACCUGGACAGAGCUGCCAAAGUGCAAAGGAAAAGGUGGGAAAUGUGGCCCACCUCCAGCUAUUGAAAACGGAGAGCUUCUUUCCUUCCCCAGGCCAGAAUAUCAACAAGGUACAACUCUGGAAUACAAAUGCCCAAGCUUCUAUGUCUUGAAAGGAUCUCAGUAUAUCACUUGUACUGAUGGGCAGUGGUCAAGCCCCCCCGUUUGCCUAGUGGCCUGUACAGCAUCAGAAGAAGACAUGGACAGAAACAAUAUUGAGCCUAAAUGGUCCAGAGAAACCAAGCUGUAUUCCACAUCGGGUGACUAUAUUGAAUUUCGUUGUAAAGCAGGAUAUGUGAAAGAGCAAGAGCCUUCCCACUACAGAGUCCAGUGUGUGGAGGGGGUGUUGGAUUACCCACGAUGCAGGCUGGGAAGGAGCUGUACAGUGAAUACAAACCAUACGGAAAGCAACAAUAUUCAACUACAGUCACACCAAUCAAGAACUUCCACCUAUCGCUCUGGGGAUUUUAUUUUCUUUGAAUGCAAAUGGUGGCACAAACCAGUUUCAAGAGCUGAGAAAUUUAGAGCACAGUGCCUGGAUGGAGUGAUUACAUAUCCUACAUGUCAAUCAAAAUCAUGUGACUACCCAGUUAUAGAAAACGGCAGGUUAAAAUAUGACAUCCGCUCUCACUUUCCGAAGAGAGUUGGACAGAGUGUUGACUACUACUGUUUCCAUGGUUAUUCAACCCUCACUGGAAAGACCUGGGAUCGAAGUCUGUGUUCUCUAAGGGGCUGGUCUCCAGAGCCAAAAUGCCUGAAAAAAUGUUAUGCCAACCAGCUGAUAAAUGGUUAUUUCCCAAGAGGCGGGACGGGUUUUUACAUAGAAGGUGAAAGAGCUACAUAUGCCUGCAACAAUGAUUUCCAUGCUGAGCAUAAAGUCGUCACAUGCACAAGGAAUGGCUGGUCUCCUCAUCCCAGAUGUAUCCGUGAAAUAAAAUGCCGGCCGAACUAUGUUGAGAAUGGUCAUUUCACCACGUCAAGAACCGAGUUCCGUUUAAGGGAAGUGGCCCCGUAUAGAUGUAAUACUGGCUUUGUAACUGCAGGAGGACAAGACAAAGGAGUGACACAGUGCCAAGAAAAUGGCUGGACUCCACCUCCAAAAUGCAUCAACAUAUGUUAUGCCAACCAGCUGAUAAAUGGUUAUUUCCCAAGAGGCCGGAUGGGUUUUUACAUAGAAGGUGAAAGAGCUACAUAUGCCUGCAACAAUGAUUUCCAUGCUGAGCAUAGAGUCGUCACAUGCACAAGGAAUGGCUGGUCUCCUCAUCCCAGAUGUAUCCGUGAAAUAAGAUGCCAGAAUAACUAUUUUGAGAAUGGUUAUUUCACCACGUCAAGAACCGAGUUCCGUUUAAGGGAAGUGGCCCCGUAUAGAUGUAAUACUGGCUUUGUAACUGCAGGAGGACAAGACAAAGGAGUGACACAGUGCCAAGAAAAUGGCUGGACUCCACCUCCAAAAUGCAUCAACAUAUGUUAUACCAGCCAGCUGAUAAAUGGUUAUUUCCCAAGACACCAGAUGGAUUUUUACAAAGAAGGUGAAAGAACUACAUAUGCCUGCAACAAUGAUUUCCAUGCUGAGCAUAAAGUCGUCACAUGCACAAGGAAUGGCUGGUCUCCUCAUCCCAGAUGUAUCCGUGAAAUAAGAUGCCAGAAUAACUAUUUUGAGAAUGGUUAUUUCACCACGUCAAGAACCGAGUUCCGUUUAAGGGAAGUGGCCCCGUAUAGAUGUAAUACUGGCUUUGUAACUGCAGGAGGACAGGACGAAGGAGUGACACAGUGCCAAGAAAAUGGCUGGACUCCACCUCCAAAAUGCAUCAAAUCAUGUAAAGCACCAGAGGACAUUUUGAUUCACCACACAAAUAAAAAUGUGUUCAUGCCUGAAGAUACAAUUCAGUAUUCAUGUUUGGAAGGAUAUGAAACUGCAAAUAAUAUGCCAACUGAUACCACAAGGUGUGGCAUAAAUGGUGAAUGGAGUCCAGCACCCGAGUGCCUCGUAAUAGAAUGUGCAAUGCUGACAUUGCCCAAUGGAGAUUUUUGUCCCAAGAAGGGUAAAUACCCCAAUGGAGAUGUUGUGAAAUUUAUCUGUGCAAACAAAUUUGUAAGAGUGGGACCUGCCUCUGUUCAGUGCUACUCCUUCGGAUGGUUUCCAUCACCACCAGUGUGUAAAGUGAAGGCCAGAGGCUGUGGACCUCCCCCUGAAAUUACCAAUGGAAAUGUUGCUGGUGGCUCUGAGGAACAGUAUCAACAUGGGGACAGAAAGCAGUAUGAGUGUAAAAUGGAAUUUAAAUUGGUUGGAUCAAAGGAAAUAGAAUGUGUUGAUGGACAGUGGUCACCUCCUCCCUCUUGCAUUGUGGCCUGUACAGCAUCAGAAGAAGACAUGGACAGAAACAAUGUUGAGCUGAAAUGGUCCAGAGAAACCAAGCUGAAUUCCACAUCGGGUGACUAUAUUGAAUUUGACUGUAAAGCAGGAUAUGUGAAAGAGCAAGAGCCUUCCCACUACAGAGUCCAGUGUGUGGAGGGGGUGUUGGAUUACCCACGAUGCAGGCCGGGCAGGAGCUGUACAGUGAGUACGGACCAUAUGGAAAGCAACAAUAUUCAACUACAGUCACACCAAUCAAGAACUUCCACCUAUCGCUCUGGGGAUUUUAUUUUCUUUGAAUGCAAAAGCGGAUACCGACAAGUUUCAAGAGCUGAGAAAUUUAGAGCACAGUGCCUGGAUGGAGUGAUUACAUAUCCUACAUGUCAAUCGUGGUUUGGAUAAAUGGAAAUGGCAUGAAAGAGCCAGCUGUGGAAAUGCAAGAGCCCUGAGCCAACCCAGUGAUUUGAGCUCAAUUUUCCCUGGUGUUUCCCAUUUUGCUGUGCUCUGUUUGCAGCUUAGACAAUGUUCUGCCUUGGAAUUUGUUAUAUUAUUUUUAUUAUUGGAUGAUUGGUUUUGCAUAUUAUCCACAUCCAAAUGGUUGUGCUUCCAUUUUAUUCCCUCUAUACUGAUAUCACUGUUAUUUUUAUUAACAAUUGUGUCCUGAAAUAGGCUGGCUUUGAUGGCAUACUGAGACAAGAAUUAAAGCUUGUGAGUAAUUUGAUUCUCA